AUGUCUGUUGAAAAUGUCGUGGUCGGUGUAUCGAAUUUGCCUAAUCAACGGUACAAGAUUGUGUCUAAUCAAGGUGGGAUUUUUACUCUGAUGGUAUGUGGUGAAUCAGGUCUCGGUAAGACCACAUUUAUCAACACGUUGUUUCAGACUACCCUAAAACACGCUGAUCCUCAACAGCGUCGCAACCAACCAAUCAAAAGAACCGUGGAAAUCGAUGUGCUACGCGCGAUCCUGGAAGAAAAGAACUUCUCGCUCAGAGUGAAUGUCAUUGACACGCCAGGGUUUGGCGACAAUGUCAACAACAACAAGUCGUGGCAAACCAUUGUGGACUUUAUCGACGAGCAGCACGACUCGUAUAUGCGCCAGGAGCAGCAGCCGUUCCGCGACACGAAAUUUGAUCUCAGAGUCCACGCCGUGUUGUACUUCAUUAGACCUACCGGCCACGGUUUGAAGCCUCUGGACAUUGAAACUAUGAAAAGAAUCUCCACACGAGCCAAUCUGAUCCCUGUGAUUGCCAAAUCUGACACACUUACUGCCAAAGAGCUACAGGACUUUAAGCUUCGGAUCAGACAGGUGGUUGAAGCUCAGGAAAUUCGCAUUUUCACCCCGCCAUUGGACGAAUCCGAAUCUCCGGACCCAGCUGUCAUGGAGCAUGCUAGACAGCUUAUCGAGUCCAUGCCUUUUGCCAUUAUCGGGUCUGAAACAAAGUUUGACAACGGCCAAGGUACCAUGGUUCCAGCUAGAAAAUAUCCAUGGGGUAUAGUUGAGGUCGAAAAUGACGCUCAUUGUGAUUUUCGUAAGCUGAGAAGUUUACUGUUGAGAACAAAUCUCCUCGACUUAGUUCUUUCCACCGAGGAAUUGCACUACGAGGCUUACAGAAAACUACGUUUGGAAGGUUCUGGUGCAAGUGAAGACCAAUCUCUACCAGCCAGAGCCCCUGCCAGAAAACUUUCACACAAUCCACAGUUUAAGGAAGAGGAAAACGCCCUCAAAAAGUACUUCACAGAUCAGGUUAAGGCCGAGGAACAAAGAUUCAGACAAUGGGAACAAAACAUCGUCAACGAAAGAAUUAGAUUAAACAGCGAUCUGGAGGAAGUACAGGCAAAGGUAAAAAAAAUGGAAGAGCAAGUGAGAUCUCUGCAGUUGAAAAAGCAUUAA